AUGUCAACCGCAUCAUCUUCGUUUCCCAAUCUCGAUACUCCCGAUCGUUCUCACACACCCGAUUACACUCGAAAGACGACCCGACAUUUGUCUCAAUUUGAUCCGGAUACAACUGCAUUGUGGGGGUUGGUGUUGUUAUUGGGGACAUACAUUGUAUUCGUUGUCAGUAUGUACGCUAUCGUUGUUAGUAAGCUGGUGCCAGAGACUGGGAACAAG